AACACAGAAUAUUUUUUAAAAAAAAACUUUCCUUUUUUAUAAUUUGUAGUUGGAAAAUGAUAUUUUUUUUUUCUUUUUUUUUGGUUAUUUAAAGAUUUUAUUUUAUUUUCUAUUUUCCUUUUUAAUUAAAGUUAAUAAAGAACAUUAAAAAAUAAUUCCUUUAAAAAAAAUAAAAUAAUUUUAUGUUCUAAUCAAAAAAAAAAUAAAAAUAAAAUAAAAAAUAAAAAAAAAUAAACACUUUUUUUAAGAAUGACAAUUAUAAAUACUAUAACUCUUUUAUUAAAUAAAAAUUCAUCGAUAACCAACUUUAAAAAUAAUAAUUUUAAUAAUAAUAUGAAUAUAAAUAAUUUAAAUUGUAAUAUAAAUAUAUAUGGUUCAAAUAAAGUAUCAGUUGUUUCUGGUUAUAUUUAUAAUAAUCCAAAAGUUACAGGGUCAGAGUCUGCUUUUCCUUCACAUUAAAAAAAAAAAUUAAAAAAAUAAAUUAAAAACUCCCUGCCUAGAAGUAUGUUUUUUGCUACCUAGUGUCCAUGUAAAAUAUAUUAUAUAAAAAUUAUAAAUAAAAAACCUUUUCAAAUAU